AUUCCAGUUUUUGGAAUGGCUAAUCAGGCGACGGAAGAGUUUCUGCGACAAAAUCAUCUGAUUCACCUAAUUAAUCCAUUCAAAGAUGCCAAUAUAACUUUAGACGACUUUGAGUAUUUGAGGCAAAAUACAGCCGAGCUACAACAGUUUGUGCCCAUACUUCGAGAUCGCAUCGACUUUGUCAACAGUUUAAAAAAACGUGUCAGCGAUAAAGAAACGCAGGUUAAUCUUGACCGUCCGUUUGAUCCUCGAGAGACACUUCAAAUUUGCAAGCGUUACGAUUCCGGCAAGAUGUUUUUGGCGAUGUAUGUGCAAAAAGAUGGGACUAAGCUUUUUCAACCCGCAUGUCGGAAGUUUAUUAAAGUGACAGUUGUUGAACAUUUUUAUCGAUCUGGAAAAGGUCAUAUUUCUCAUCAAAACUUCGUUGAAAUGUUAAAUUUGAUCAAGCAAGAACUUCCUGAAGAACAUGAUCAAAUUUGGUAUUCUGCUGCCUCGAUGGGCACUGCUUCUGGAGGAUUGUUAUAUUCUCGGUGUCGGUACCUGCAACAACACGAUCUACGCUAUAGAAAGGAGAAGAAACGUUUAAUUUCGCACUCUACGACAGUAGCUGAGCAGUUCACGAAAGCGUGGGACACACUUUCAAACGAGGAUCAGAAUCACUGCCUUUCUGCCAAACUGAGACUGAAGGACAUCGGAUACAAUAACACUGCCGAAAUCGUAUCAGCAUGGAAAACAAGUUUUCCAUUACGGCGAUAUGAAGCUGUAUCUGGAAAAUUGAAAUUUUUAGAUUGGGAUGUACUGGACCAUUUUGGAGAAACCCUUGAUUUGGUGUCUUACGACUUCGCUACAAUACAUGCGGAUAAUCACAACUCCAUCCAUGCGAAGAUACCACAAUUCAUUGGAAAAUUUAAGGAUGUGUAUACAUCACAUAAAGUUCUGGUUGACGAAGAUAAACUAUUGACAGCAGCCAUAUUGUCAACAUUCGUUGAUGGUUUUGAAAUUUCAGAAAAGUGCAUAUUCAUUGCAUUUCUGACACCGCCAUUAAUACUGCGCCCGAAUUUUAUAAUCAAAGGCAAGGAGAGGAGCUAGCCCACGUUGUAUCAAAGUCGAUUAACGUUCAUAACAGUGAUUGAGACUGAAGCAAAAAUCACUGAGACCAUCGGGCACCGCAGGAAGGAAGCCGCUGAUCAUCAAAUAACUGUACAACCAUUCAUCAUAGCUGUUGGAUCGAUCGAACAUAUUAGUAGUUAUUUUGUAGUGUUAGAUAAUAUGAUGUUUAAAUGUAAAUCAACAAUAGCAGCAGUUGACUUGCUAUUUAAGUUGCACACCGUAUUCCACAAUAUGCAAAAGAAUUCGAAAGUGUGCUCAGUUUUAUUCAGCUUUUUUUUUUUCUACAAUUUAACCUAUCAGGGGCAGCGCUUUGAUCCCAACGUUGUUGCGUUGGUAACUGAUUUAAAUGAGAAUUGAAAUUCUACCGAAUAGCCUAGCAAGAAAUUUGAACUGGCUUUUAUGAAAAUGCUUUGAAAUGUGCAAUAAAAUUAAA